UCGGAGCGACGAGGAACACCAAAAAAGGAUUACUUUAGAUUAAUAAUUUUUCAUUUUGAAUGUGAAAUAGUCAAAUAGAGUAAAAUGAGAAGGGCAUAAUUCAGCUAAACAGUCAUUAAGAAAGAACAAUGGCAUCUGAGAGAGACAAACAGAGGACUGCAUCUAUGCCUGCAGUGUGUGAGCGGAGGAUUGUGCUGCUGGGCAAAACUGGGUUAGGAAAGAGUGCCUCAGGAAACACCAUCCUGGGGAGAAAAGUGUUUGAAUCAGAGUUCUCAUUUGAAUCUGUGACUCAAGUGUGUGCUACAGAGUUGAAACACACAAACAACAUACUAGUUAGUGUUACCGAUACUCCAGGGUUAUUUGAUACCGGAAAGUCUAAUGAAGAGCUGAAAGUUGAGAUAGAAAGGUGUUUUCAGUUGUCCAAACCUGGGCCUCAUGUCUUCCUGCUGGUGAUCAGUUUAGAUGUGAUAUUCACAGAGGAGGAGAGGAAAGCAGUGAAGUGGAUCCAGGACAACCUUGGCACAGAAGCAUUAAUACAUUUUACCAUAGUGCUCUUCACCCAUGGAGAUGUGCUGGAGGGGAAAAAAGUGGAGGAUUUUGUAGGUAAAAGUGAUGCUCUCUCAUCUAUUGUGGAACAAUGUCAGGGUAGAUAUCAUGUUUUUAUCAAUGUGAGGAAAGACCAGAAUCAGGUCCCGGAGCUCCUGAAGAAGAUAGAGGACAUGGUACAGAGGAAUCAGAGCACUCGAGGGGGAUACUACACUGGUGAGAUGUAUGAGGAGGCUCAGAGAGCAAUCAGACAACAUGGCCUACGGGAGAGGAGCAGGACAAAGAGUGGACCCUCUACUCCCUUAUGUAAUGAACCGGAGAGUUUUACAGAAGAAAGGAGCAAGAGACAGAAAGAUGAGAAAGAGCUACAGGAGGAGAUAAAGAAGGAAAAGGCUUUUGAGGAAAAAGCAAGGGAGGAGAAGAGGAUGAGAGAGGAAGCAGACAGGAAGGCCAAGGAAGAGAGAAAGAAAAGACAAAAUGCACAGAAAGAGGAUUACAGAAGAAAGCUUGAGAAAGAGCUACAGGAGGAGAAGAAGGUAAAAGCUGUUGAGGAAAAAGCAAAUCAGGAGAAGAAGAUGAACGAGGCAGCAGAGAGGGAGGAGAUUAAGUAUGGAGGGAGAUACUACACAGAGGCUUAG